AUGGUGACCCUUAAAGCUCAUCUUCGACGGUAUCAUCAAACUUAUUUUUCCGAUAUCGAUACACAGACCCGAGGUCAUUCUAGCCUGAGUAACUGUCCACCCUUGGGAACACUGGACCUCACAAAUCUCUUAUUUGACACAAUAAGUACUGGAAAUGUGUCAAUGGUCAAGGGCGUGUUGGAGCUUGGUGUCGACCUAAAUUGUGGUACCUUUAACAACAACGGCGAAUCCUUCUUACAUUACACACUCAGGGCAGGACACAAAGAUAUCUUUCAACUACUUUUGGAGAAAGGAGCUUCUGCUGAUACCAUGAAUAGGGAGCCGAGAGCUACUAUUCUGAACUCUGCAAUCUCUAAAGGAUCAAUAGAAUAUGUUGAAUUAUUAUUGGAAUGGGGAGCCAGAGUUAACAGAUUGGAGGAGGGGAUAAGUGCGAAUACAGUGGACGUGAGCAAUAUUCCCCCGCCUUUGAUAGUGGCAAUCCGAAACAACCAGAAGGAAUCAGUUAGACUCCUCCUCGAGAAUGGAGCGGAUGCCGAAUCAAAAGAUCUUCACGGCAAUGAAGCUAUGUUCCACGCCAUCCAGACGUCUUCAGAUAUGGUCAAGCUACUGCUGGAGAAGGGGGCAAGUGCAAAUACAAUAUCGGCGGGCGGCAUAUUCCCGAAGCUCCCGAGAGGCACCCCGGCUUUAAUAGUAGCGAUUAAAAACGACCAGAAGGAAUCAGUCAGACUCCUACUCGAAAAAGGGGCGGACGUCAACUGGGUAGAUCGGGAUGGCAAUACAGCUCUGAUCUACGCCGUGAAGAAGUCUCCAGAUAUAGUCAAGCUACUGCUAGAGAAGGGGGCAAGUGCAAAUACAAUGACCUCGGCCGGCAUUGCGGCUUUGAUACUGGCGAUCCAAAACGACCAGUCGGAAUCAGUCCGACUCCUCCUCGAAAAAGGAGCGGAUACCAGCUCAAAAGAUUGGAAUGGCGAGGCAGCUCUGAUCCUUGCCAUCAAGAAGUCCCCAGAUAUGGUCAAGCUACUGCUGGAGACGGGGGCAAGUGCAAAUAUAAUAGUAAUUAAUACAAUCAUGUGGACGGGCAGCAUGUUCCCGAGGCUCCCGAGAGGCACCCCGGCUUUAAUAGUAGCGAUUAAAAAAGACGAGAAGGAAUCAGUCAGACUCCUCCUCGAAAAAGGAGCGGAUGUCGAAUCAAAAGAUUCUGACGGCAAUCCUGCUCUGAUCUCUGCCCUAGAGAAGUCCCCAGAUAUGGUCAAGCUACUGCUGGAGAAGGGGGCAAGUGCAAAUAUAAUAGUAAUUAAUACAAUCAUGUGGACGGGCAGCAUGUUCCCGAGGCUCCCGAGAGGCACCCCGGCUUUAAUAGUAGCGAUUAAAAAAGACGAGAAGGAAUCAGUCAGACUCCUCCUCGAAAAAGGAGCGGAUGUCGAAUCAAAAGAUUCUGACGGCAAUCCUGCUCUGAUCCUUGCCAUCAAGGAGUCCCCAGAUAUGGUCAAGCUACUGCUGGAGAAGGGGGAAAGUGCGAAUACAAUAUCCUCGGACCGCAUUCCGGCUUUGAUACUGGCGAUCCAAAACGACCAGUCGAAAUCAGUCCGACUCCUACUCGAAAAAGGGGCGGAUGCAAACACAAAGGAUCCGAAAGGCGAAGCAGCUAUAUUCCACGUUGCGAGGAUUACUUAUCCGUACCGCGAGAUGCUCCCAAGCAAAAUGGAUAAAACGAAUGAAAGCAAGCUAGCGAUAAUCAAACUUCUAAUAUCGGCUGGCAUUAGUGUGAAUAUAAAGGAUUCCCAAGGAACUCCAAUUCUGGUUCUGGUGGCCUUAAGUAGGAAAUUAAGAGUUUCAGCUGAGUUUCUUAUCUCAAGGGGAGCGGAGAGGGACGUGGAAGUUGAUGCACUCUUCGAAGCGAUAUAUUUUGGAAUGAUAAAAGCCGUUACAACUCUUAUUGAAAAUGGAGCACGUGUCGACUCGCCAGACAAGGCAGGAGUAACACCUCUUAUGGCGGCCAUAGUCAGCCCCUAUUACGAAUAUCCGAUUCUUAAAACCCUGCUUGAAAGGCUUCUGAACGCCAGAUCAUCGGUCAAUUACGUAAAUAAGAAAACCAAUGAUUCGGCAGUCUUACUUGCAGCACAAAGGAUUACGGCAGAUUCGGCGGCCGAUGAGCUGAAGCUUCUUUUGAGGCACGGUGCAAACAUCGACAUGACAGACCGGAAAAACAGCACUGACAAUUUGGCCAGAGCUUAG